UGACAAACAGUAAGAAAGUAGACUUUACCGUUUCAAAUUCACAGUAUAAUCAAUAACAGGUGUAAGGGUAAUGACGAAUCUCUGCGACAGCUCUCUGACGCAUGGUAUUUACGUCAGUUUCCGAAAUCGCUGAUUCAUUUUCAUUCGCUUUUCCCCAAAAUUGAUGAAUUAGUGAACGAGGGAGCGGUGUUGGACACAGCAAAAGACUUCGACAGAACACCUGUUUUCCGGGAUCGACACGCCAACAUUAGAUGAUAUAGCUAAAAGAUUCAUAUAAAAUAAAUCUAUCAUCACAUGGAAGCUGCUGCUUAAGUUGACAGAAGAAGUGAACCCCAAUUGCAUAUUCUAAUUUCAGAGACCAUUUAACCAACAACGAUGUCCUCUGGCACACUUUGGAGACCAUUAAGAGUCUUUUUUAUAUUGCUCUUAGAGCUACUUCGGGCUGCAAUCCCUGUUGCUGUGAAUUUGAGGGACACUGCAGUUCUCAGUUGUAACUCGACAUGCAAUCAAGAAAUCUUAUGGACAUUUUUUGAAGCUAACGGUGAAAAGCUGGAGGUUUUAAGAUGUCUCCAGGAUAACUGUACAGAAGGAGAUGACUUUAAGGGAAGAGCAAGCCUCUCAUCUGACAACAUGUCUCUCACCAUACAUCCUGUUCUGUUCAAUGAUCAAGGCUGGUAUGAGGCAAGCUGUGGUUCAGAGUUUCCCUGUAGUGUUCACUUGGAAGUUUUUGUACCCAGUGCUGUGAACGCCUCAGUCCGAGACAAUGUGACACUACACUGCUAUGCACGUACAGAGAAGCACAUUGCUGACGAAGAUGUGAACAUCAUCUGGAAAAGGGACGACCAAACCGUUUUAGAAGUCAGAAAUGGAAUUGUUAACUAUGGUCCAGGUUUCGAAGAGAGGUUCUCGGUUUCAUUGAAUCAUUACAAGGCUGGGGAUCUUUCUCUUAAUAUAUCCAGGGUCACACCAUCAGAUAUCGGUUUAUACCAGUGCUAUCACAAAUCAAACAAACAGGGGCAUCCAGGAGCUGUCCAGCUAACUGUUAAAGCUCAUAAAAGCAGCUAUGAGAAAAAGGUGGGUGAUGAGCUGACCCUCAAUCUGUUCAGCUUGGAUAACCUGAAAGUAACUUUCACCGAUUCUGAGGGGGUUGAGAUCCCAGUCUGCAGGGUGCACAGGGGCACCUCUACGUGUGACCCUAAAUACAAUCACAGAGUGUCUAUUAUGAAUGACUCUCUUGUGCUAAGUGAAUUGUCAUCCUCUGAUAAUGGAAAAUUUACUGUGAAGGACAACAUGGGUGAAAUCAUGAGUGUCUGCACCGUCACUGUGAAAGAUGUGGAACAGAGGCAUCGCCUCACCUCUGUUGUCAUCAUAUUGGUGUUCGUAGCGAUUCUUGUGUUUCCUCUCGGCCUGUUUUGUCUAUAUCAAUAUCUUAGAAAGUCACAUCAACCAAAAAGAAUUGUGUAUUUUAACAAUCACCAGUCUACUGUAAAAACAGAAAUGGAACUGCUGAGAGAACCAGCAAACAUUGGAUUAUCACAGGAAGAGACCAGCCAAGGUAUUUCGGAGCAACCUGAUGUCGUACACACACCUGUAGAGGAGACCAGUCCUGAGAUUGGGAUUAUUACUGAGAAGCAGGACUCUAUUCAUGUGGACACAUUUGACUGUCUUUCAACAAAGGAUUGCUUUGUUUAAUAAACUGUUACUCUAAGGAAGCACUUUUCAUAGGAAA